UUUUAAAAUGAUUUAUAUUUUCAAGGAGUAAACAAUGGAUUCCAAAGGAAAUGGAUUAUACAAAAUCACAACUUCUCAGCAAGUAAUUUCUUCCUGUUGUGGUUCUGUUAUUACAUCUCUUUUGGUGACACCUCUAGAUGUUGUCAAAGUCCGACUACAAGUCCAGAGUAAUCCAUCCCUUAAAGGAAAAUCUUUUCUGGAGUCUGAUGGCCUUACGGAUCAUGUUUGUGUUUAUGAAAAUGGAAGUAGUGGCACUUACCACAAGGCAUCGGGCCGGUUUAAUGGCAUGAGGGAUGCUUUUGUGAAAAUUGUUCAAAGAGAAGGUGUGAAAACACUGUGGAGUGGACUGCCUACAUCACUAGCAGUGUCAGUUCCAACAACAGUAAUUUAUUUUACCUGCUAUGAUCAACUGCGUGAUGCCUUCAUUUCUACACUAGGAGAAGAUAAUGAUUACAUUCCACUUAUUGCAGGUGGUAUAGCCAGAUUGGUUUCAGCUACUGUAAUAAGUCCAGUUGAAUUGAUUAGGACAAGAUUGCAGUCUCGCCGGUUAACUUACAAGCAGUUGCAUUCUUGCAUUAGUAAUAAGGUAACCAAAGAUGGCUGGCUUUCACUCUGGAAAGGAUGGGGUCCCACUGUUCUUAGAGAUGUUCCAUUUUCAGCAUUUUAUUGGUAUAACUAUGAAUACUUCAAAAAAACACUGUGCAAGAAAUUAGGCAAACAUGAGGCAACAUUUCUGAUCACCUUCUCUUCAGGAGCAGCAGCUGGUUCUAUUGCUGCUUUAUUAACGUUACCAUUUGAUGUAGUAAAAACACACAAACAGACUGAAAUUUGGGCAUCUGAAACAACACCUACAUCACAGCAGAGGCAUGCAUCAGUAUGGGAAAUAAUGAAGAGAAUUGUUGCUGAACAUGGAUUCACUGGCUUGUAUGCUGGAAUUGGUCCAAGAUUGACAAAAGUUGCUCCUGCUUGUGCCAUAAUGAUCAGCAGUUAUGAAUAUGGGAAGUCUUUCUUCCAUAGAUUAAAUAAAGAAAAAGACAUGAACCAUUAAUGCUGUUUCU